AUGACAGUUCCUGUUGAAGAUAGCUUUGACUUUGUCGUCGUCGGCGGCGGCACAGCUGGAAAUGUCGUGGCCGGUCGGCUGGCCGAGAACCCGGACGUGAAAGUCCUGGUCAUUGAAGCAGGCGUUAGCAACCCUACCGAGAUCUCGGAAAUCACCACACCAGCAUCUGCCUUUGGGCUACGUGACAGCCAAUAUGACUGGGCGUACAAGUCCACCAUGAUCAACCGACCCUAUUAUGAACGGGUAGAGAAGCCCAACACCCGGGGCAAGGUGCUCGGUGGUAGUAGCUCUUUGAACUACUAUACCUGGAUCCGGGGUAGUAAGGGGACGUUCGAUGCGUGGGCCGAAUAUGGAGGUCCUUCUUGGAGUUGGGAUGGGUGCGAGGAGUACUUCAAUAAGCCCGCUACCUACCACGACGACGACAACCUCUACCCCUCAGAGCUAUCAAAGAUCGGCCGCAACGGUCCUCUGCAUGUAUCUCACGCAGACCUCGUUCCCGAACUACACACCUUUCGCGAUGCCCUGACAGAAGCAUGGACCAGCAAAGGCCAGAAGACAUGCGAGGACAUCUACUCCGGUAAAAUGGAGGGUCUGACACACUGUGUCAACAGUAUCUACGGUGGGAUGCGGUCGACCAGUGCAUCAUAUCUGGCUGAUAAGCCGAACGUGACCAUCUUGAGCUCUGCGAUCGGGAAAAAGAUCAACUUCGAUGACAACCUCAAGGCGACAAGCGUCACUGUCAGUGGCGCCGAUCGGACCGAAAUGACCUUCACAGCCAAGUAUGAGAUUAUUGUGGCGUGCGGCGUCUUCGAGACGCCGAAGCUGCUGAUGCUCUCGGGAAUUGGUCCGAAAGAAGAGCUGGCUCGUCAUGGUAUUGAAUCGGUUGUGCAGUCGGAACAUGUCGGUCAGAACCUGCAUGAUCAUCCUAUUCUUGCUCAUGUGUUCCGGCUAAAGGAUGGGACUGGUCUCGAUAGCCACCUUCUCCGCGCUGGUCCUGCACAGAGCGCUGCUUUGCAGAAGUACCGCACUAGCAAGAAAGGACCCUUUAGUAGUGGACUAUUGGAAAUGGUAGGUCUGCCACGCAUUGAUGACCGUUUGGAGCGAUACAAGGAGUAUCGCGAGGCGAAGGCGCAGAAUGGUGGUAAGGAUCCAUUUGGACCGGAGGGACAGCCGCAUUUUGAGAUUGAUUUCGUGCCAAUGUUCUCCGACGCCUUUCAAUGGCACUUCCCCGUUCCCCCUGAAGGCGACUGGCUGACCGUCAUCGUCGAUCUUCUCCGCCCGCUGUCCAGGAACGGAGAAGUGAAGCUCAACUCAGUCGAUCCACACCAACAGCCAUACAUCAAUCUGAACUUCUUUUCUAAUGAACUUGACAUCCUAGCCUUGCGAGAGGGCGUCCGUUUUGUGGACGAUAUCCUCAUGACCGGAGAUGGGAUGAAAGAGAUUCUCGGCGAAGACUACCCGUGGCCCAUGCCCCGACACUCAGAUGAAGCGAUGAACAAAAUGAUCUUGGAACGGUCGCAGACGGGAUACCACCCCUGCGGCACGGCCCGACUGUCCAAGGACAUUGCACACGGCGUGGUGGACCCGGAGCUGCGCGUCCACGGCGUGCAGAAUCUUCGCGUCGUGGAUGCAUCCAUUAUUCCUCUGAUUCCUGACUGUCGGAUUCAGAAUGCCGUGUAUAUGAUCGGGGAGAAGGGCGCGGACAUGAUCAAGGCAGCUUAUCCGGCGCUUUAUCGAAGCUGA